UUGAAUCAGUCAACAAUGGAAGUGUGUCAGUAUGGAGAGCAAUUUCCUUUAUCACAAGAAUAUCUUUGGUGCAGAUUGAAGGAGCUCAGAACAGCUGUCGUGAGGUCAGGGGAGCUUCUGAGAUGUUCAGACUCUGGGUCACUCUUUGUCUUCUCUAUAAAUUCAGUGCUCCAGUUUCCACCCACAGUCCAAAGGCAUACAGGUGUGGUGGCUGAAGAUUUUGUGUUCCAGCCUUGUCUCUCAGUGUCGACGAGGCACGGGGACUCUGUUACUCUGGAGUGCUACACUAACGCUCAGACACUCAAAACCUGGAUUUGGGUGAAGUACAUGAUUGGACAGGCACCUAGGACUAUAAUUACCACAUUCUAUGAAAAUGUUAAUUUUUAUGAAGAGUUUAAAAACACUUCACGUGUGACAGUAAAAAAGGAUGACCGAAGCUUCAAUGUUACAUUUUUGCAGGUGGAAUUAUCAGAUAGUGCAACAUAUUUUUGUGGUCUAGAGCUGUACAAUUCAUACUACUUUGGAAAUGGAACCAUUCUAAUGGUUAAAGGAACAGAAGCAAUCAGCAUCAGUGUUGUACAGCAGCCUGUGGUUGGCUCAGUCCAGACAGGAGAUGAUGUGACACUGAAGUGUAUAAUCCAUACUGAGAUCUAUGCAGAGAAACAUAAUGUUUAUUGGUUCAGACAUGGUUCAGGAAAAUCCCUUCCAGGAAUAAUUUACGUUGAUGGAAACAGGAGUGAUCAAUGUGAGAGGAACUCUGAGGCUGGACUUCCAACACAGAGCUGUGUCUAUAACCUCCCCAAGAAGAACAUCAGCCCCUCUGAUGUUGGAACUUACUACUGUGCUUUGGUCACAUGUGGGCAGAUCCUUUAUGGAAAUGGGUCAUUGUUGGACAUUGCAGUUGUAAGCAGAUUUGAUCGCACUGUCCUGGCCUUGGGAGCAACAAACGCUGUAUGUGUGAUUGUGAUAAUUGUUCUCAUCUGUACCAGAAACAAACACUGUGCAGUGAAUCUGCAAAUAUGUCAUGGUUGUGUUAAUACUGACCCCACAAGGAAUCAGGACACAGAUAUGUUGAAUUAUGCCCCCUUGAAUUUUACUCACAACAAAACCUCAUCUGGGUGGAAGAGCAGAGAGAUUGACACACAGGUUGUGUAUGCUGAUGUGAGAAGUCAACAGUGUGGCUGAAUACCACAGCCACAUCAUCACAGUGCGUGAGACACAAAGACAACAGCUGAUCCUUCUCAACACAAAAGUAUUGUUUUUAAGAAUCAAGGCCAUUCAUUUAUACAUUUUAUUAUCUACUGUUUAUAUUGUGUUUGUCUGCCGCACUUAUAUUCAAUUCGAUUCUGUCUUUUCCUUCCGUGUUUGUACUGUCAUGAUGUUUUUCU